GGCGGAGUCCGGAGUCCGGGCGUUCUGGCAGCACCAGAGUCCUGCAGCAGAGACGGGCUGGGCUGGCACUCACCCACGACCCCCCUUCCCUGCUAUGAUGGUUCGUCAGUAGCAGGUCCUAGACGACCCCCCCCCCGGGGGGCACGUGGGCAGAGCUAGCAGCAGCCAGGUGCACUGAGCCACAAGAGCUCUAGGGCACUCUGGGAGCAGCUCUGCCUGCUGCCCUCUCUGGUGCCUGUGGAGAUGCCUAACUGACAGGAGAGUUAGUGAGGACAGGAACGCUCGCUCUUGGCCCAGGUCCGCUGUAUCCAUGGCUCUCCUGACCAAUCUGCUGCCCCUGUGCUGCUUGGCACUUCUGGCGCUGCCAGCCCAGAGCUGCGGGCCGGGCCGGGGGCCGGUUGGCCGGCGCCGCUAUGCGCGCAAGCAGCUCGUGCCGCUACUCUACAAGCAAUUUGUGCCCGGCGUGCCCGAGCGGACCCUGGGCGCCAGUGGGCCUGCCGAGGGGAAGGUGGCAAGGGGCUCCGAGCGCUUCCGGGACCUCGUGCCCAACUACAACCCCGACAUCAUCUUCAAGGAUGAGGAGAACAGUGGUGCGGACCGUCUGAUGACCGAGCGUUGUAAGGAACGGGUGAACGCGUUGGCCAUUGCGGUGAUGAACAUGUGGCCCGGAGUGCGCCUAAGAGUGACUGAGGGCUGGGACGAGGACGGCCACCACGCUCAGGAUUCACUCCACUACGAAGGCCGUGCUUUGGACAUCACCACGUCUGACCGCGACCGCAACAAGUAUGGGUUGUUGGCGCGCCUCGCAGUGGAAGCCGGCUUCGACUGGGUCUACUACGAGUCCCGCAACCACGUCCACGUGUCGGUCAAAGCUGAUAACUCACUGGCGGUCCGGGCGGGCGGCUGCUUUCCGGGAAAUGCAACUGUGCGCCUGUGGAGCGGCGAGCGGAAGGGGCUACGGGAACUGCACCGCGGAGACUGGGUUUUGGCUGCCGAUGCGUCAGGCCGGGUGGUGCCCACGCCGGUGCUGCUCUUCCUGGACCGGGACUUGCAGCGCCGGGCUUCAUUUGUGGCUGUGGAGACCGAGCGGCCCUCACGCAAACUGUUGCUCACACCCUGGCACCUGGUGUUUGCGGCUCGAGGGCCGGCGCCCUCGCCAGGCGACUUUGCACCGGUGUUCGCGCGCCGGCUACGCGCUGGGGAUUCGGUGCUGGCGCCCGGCGGGGAUGCGCUUCGGCCAACGCGCGUGGCCCGUGUGGCGCGGGAGGAAGCCGUGGGGGUGUUCGCGCCGCUCACAGCGCACGGGACGCUGCUGGUGAACGAUGUCCUGGCCUCGUGCUACGCGGUUCUGGAGAGUCACCAGUGGGCGCACCGCGCUUUUGCCCCCUUGCGACUGCUGCACGCCCUAGGGGCGCUGCUCCCUGGCGGGGCCGUCCAGCCGACUGGCAUGCAUUGGUACUCUCGGCUCCUCUACCGCUUGGCAGAGGAGCUGCUGGGCUGAGCGUCCCAGGCAUAGAAACCUCGAAGCGCCCGAGCAAACGAGGGCCUGCUGGCUGAGAUGUGGGGGUGUGGGCAGCAGACGAUGCCGACUGGAAGGGAGGGAGAGGGAGGGGGAGGGAGAAAAUGGGGCUAUGCCUGGCUUAGGGGCAACCUUGAACUCAGAGGAGGUGAUCCCGGGUCCUAGGUAGGUGGGGCUGAUGGUGCGCACUCCUUAAAGAGGACUAUUUAGCCUCUCCCCCAGUGCCUCAGCCCCACCCAAUAAUUUUAUUUUAUUUCUUAUUUAUAAAUUGUAAUAUAAUGAUUCCCUUGCCCAGCUUGCCAAGGUGAGGGGCUGGGGCAUGGCAUUAACACUGUCUGACACCGCCAGCCAGUCUGACAUCUGACAUUUUCCUACAAGGCGGGCUAAUAAAGGGAAGGCUUUCAGGAGCUUACUGGAAAACACCUCCAUUCAGAGGGUGAUUCACCUCCAGAGAGGGGGAGAAAGGUGGCCAACCUGAGUUAACACCUUACUUCCGGCUUCCCCUCCUUCCUCAGCAGGGUCUUUGGGACCCCUUUCCUCCCUUCAGAAGGGGCAUCCCAACCCAUAAGCAACAGAGCCCACAAGAGUCGUACCCUUUUCCAGGCUGCUGUUUCCAUCUCCCACCCAGAGAGGAUCAGCAUUUUGCUUCUGCGGCUGAAGGGGCCAGGGUUGUCUGGGGUGGGAAAGACUGUGCACACCCCUUCUCUGUUUAUAGGGGCUCCAGCAGGGGCCCAGGCCCUUGUGAGUACUGAUACUCAAAACAUCUAGUCCCCUAUUAUUAGCCAGUAGUCCUGGUCCCCAUCCUAC